GUUCAGUUCACUGUUCCAUCUAAUCUUGUGGUUUUUGUUUGUGGCUUGUGCGUGUAAAGUAAAAAGAUGUGUAAAUAAACUAAUUAUUGUAACUAUAAUAAUUUAUUGUAAAAUUUACUUAAAAACCUAUUAGAACUGUGAACUAUGUAACUGCAGUUAUACAAUUUAAUCGUAAACCUAGGGGAGACCAGUGGAAAUCUGAACUAUUAUUUUGUACAAUAUGUGUACAUAAUUUUUUAAGAAAUACAAUUUUUUAUAUUCAUUCCUCAAAAUGGGAUCUCACGAAGUGCAAGGAUAUGAUAAAACUGCUCCUGAGUUGAGUUCUAGUGUGAUUUCUAACAAUAUUAUUGUUCAAACACCAACUCCUCAUACUGCAAUGGAAACUAGUGUCUUCUCGACACCUACUCACGCUGUUGCUCCGUCUCACUCCCGCAUUACUGGAGAUGUGGCUCUUACUCCUACAAACAGUUCAGUUUACACCCCAGUAGCAGUAAAUCCCCACAGUGCUAUGACUGCAUUGACUCCGAUGACUGGUAGGACAAAACCAACUGAAAACAACAUAAAAUUGCAAAACUGUGUGUCUACUGUAAAUCUGGGCUGUGAGCUGAAACUUCUGGACAUAUACUGUAGAACACGAUUUUCAGAAUACAAUCCAGCCAGGUUCGGAGGUGUUGUGAUGAAAAUUUUGGAGCCUCGAGCUACGGCACUUGUGUUUCGCUCGGGGAAAAUCGUCUGCACUGGUGCAAGAAAUGAGCAUGAUUCUUAUGUAGCUGCCAGAAAAUUUGCCAGAAUCAUACAGAAGCUUGGAUUCCCUGCGAAGUUUAUGGAUUUCAAGAUACAGAACUUCAUAGCCACAGCAGACCUGAGGUUCCCAAUCAGAUUGGAAGCUCUACAGCAAGCGCACGGACAGUUCUCUUCAUACGAACCAGAACUAUUCCCCGGCCUGGUCUACAGGAUGGUACGGCCAAGGGUUGUGCUCUUGAUAUUUGUCAAUGGAAAGAUUGUUUUUACAGGAUGGCCUAGUACAGAUAUGGUUGGGGAAGAAAAGAAAAGGAAGGAGCCUAUUACAAGGUGGUAAAACGAGAAAUGAUUUACAUGAAGCUCUGGACAUCAUAUAUCCAAUACUGAGAAGCUAUAGGAAAAGUUAACAAAUACCCAUUUCCUCUGGUUUAUUCAGCGAUACAUUGCCAAUAUAUAUAGCCCAUUUGUUUUUGGUAUUUACAUAAUUUUGACAUUCGUAAUUUUUUUUAUUGAAAUACGCAAUUCAAAAAUCAAAUUCACUGUGCAUUACAAAUUAAUUAUAGAAUUAUUAAAGUACCUACAUAAUGUGCAAAUAUUUUUUUGAAGUGUCAAGUCAAACUGGACUUUUAAGUGUCUAAACAGACAGGGUUUAGUAAUAAUAUUUAUUUGUGAAUUUAUAGAAUGGUUGUUCAUUGACAUAGACCGAGUAUAAUGCAUAAUUUUCCACCAUACAGAUAUGUAAAAAUCAUUUUAAAUCAGCAGAAUGACAGACAAUUAAAUUAUAUUUAUUUUUUUAUUUAGCUUAAACCCUAGUUUUCCCUACACAAUCAACAAAAAUAUUGUUUCACUGCACAUUUAUGCUUUCAUCAAUCAUAUUUUCCGUGCCUGGUGGAAAACACAUACACUCACCAAAAACUCCGACGUGGUUCGCGGCAAGGUUUUUAUUCUAUAUUGUUAUAUCUGCCAUUGUUGCUAGAGAAAACUUAAAUGCUGUUCACAGCAUGUAAAUAUCAAAGUUUUGUGUAUGAUGUUUUUGUUGAAUGUUUUCUGGUGACCUAGUUUAAUUUUAAUAUUAAUAAUUAUACCAGUGUUAGAUGGUAUAAUAUUUACAGGGUUAUUUGUAAAACACAGUAACAUUACAAGAUUUUACAGUUGGCAUUAAAAUAACUAUUGGUUUAGACGUACGCACACAUGCAUGUCACGACAGGACGAUAAAAACUUAAAAAUAUUUUUCAUUCAUAUGACAAAUUUCGAUUUCGAUUUCAAUUUAAAACGGAAUUCUAACACACUAUCGCCGAACCAACAGAUGCCAAUACGAAUAUGUGAACAUUGCGUAAAAAUGAAAACAUUUACCGCAAUGAAAUACCAGCAAUGUAUACUGAAAAGUUCGGCGAACAUCAUACCAUCGCCGAACGUUGCGUUUCGUUUUUAUUUACCGUAAUGAAAAACCAGCAAUGUAUGCCGAAUCCGUUCAAGUACGGCGAAUUUUCCCGCAAUAAUGUGCAGCCGGUAUUAUACGUAACCCUGUUUAGAAUGAAUAUUAUUUUCACUGUAAGGUUGCAAUAUUUCAAUUGAGCUAGAUUUUGUUAUGUUGUACUGUACCUACUUAUAUUUGUGUCUAGUACAUAACCAGGGCUGUAUGCUAUCUUUAGAGGCCUUGAACACGUCACAUAUUUUUACUAUUAUAAUGAAUAAUUAUAUUUAUGUUCGAAAAUUAAUAAAUUAAUGAUAGCAUUA